GAAACGUGCGGAAACGCUUCAUGACUAAUCCUAACGUCGCAGGGCAAUAACGUAGCUCUAUUUGUUCUGUCGACCUGCGAGAUUGCCUUCCAAUGAUUCAUUAAUUUUGUUCCUCUCGCUCUCUCGCUCUCUCUCUCUCUCACUCACUCUCUCUAUCUCUCUGUAACCAAGCACAAGGUCUUCAAUUCACUGCAGAUCCAUUUCAGGGCUUAUAUUUUGGAGGAGAGCCUCCUGAUCUCACCUUGCAGUGAAAAGUCAGGAUGAGCGGCGAGAUGUUUGAGUAUCAGAGCUCGGAGGUCGACUGGUGCGAAGAGAAUUUUCAGUAUUCGGAGAAAGUUGCAGAGUUUUACAACACGAUCAGCAAUGUGAUUUUCUUUAUCACGGCUCCCAUAAUGAUGUACUUAUUGCAUCCGUAUGCGCAGAAGAAGAGCAGGGCUGUCCAUCUCAUUUGGAUCAUGGUGAUAUUUGUAGGAAUAUUCUCAACAUACUACCACAUGACUCUGAGUUACGUUGGUCAAUUGCUGGAUGAGCUGUCCAUUCUGUGGGUGUUGGCAACCGGGUACAUGCUCUGGUUUCCCAGGAGACACUUCCCAGGAUUUAUCAAAGACAGGAAACAUUUCUCGCUGAUUGUCUUUCCUGCCACGUUGCUGAGCACCAUUCUGUCGUUCAUCAAACCAACCGUCAACGCUUACGCGCUGAACAGUGUAUCGGUGCACGUUCUAUAUGUGCUGUCGCUGGAGAUGAAAAGUUGCACAGAUCGGAAGAUAAUUCACGUUGCCUUUGUGACGGUGGCUUGGUGGGCCGUGGCGAUCUCCUGUUGGCUAAGUGACCGCCUCUUUUGUUCGUUUUGGAAAUGGAUCAACUUUUGCUACCUCCACAGCUUCUGGCACGUACUGAUCAACGUGGCUGUCAUCCACGCUACAACACUGUUUGCCUAUUUUGAUGCGCUCUACGAAAUUCCAGACAUCAAAAUGGAAGUGAAGUAUUGGCCCGUAAACUCAGGCUUGCUGGGGAUACCGUACCUCGCUGUCCAGAGCAAAGACCAAAUGCGAAAAUCUUGCUGAUGAAUUAAAAUGAUGCUCAACUCUCUCUAUUACCCAAUGUCUCCUGAUGAGAUGUUCCUGAGAGAGUAAUACCAUCAGGUGGAAAGGUAACCUAUGUGUUCUAGUUAACCACAGUUUUGUUUCAGGUCAUGCGAAACGGCUCUGAUAUUUUGGGAUCACGUUAAAACGUGAGGUGCUGUCUAAGGAAUUUUGUUAGUCUCGAAGCUGUUUAGUGCAUUCUAAUGGGACGUGUUUCUACACUCUGCCCAGUGUAAGCCUGAACACAAGAGCACAGGGCUAAACUACAUACACCGCAAAUCAACUCGAGUGUAAAAUGCGGAACGUACUACUACAACAACAAUAAAUUACACUUGUGCAGUGCCUUUCAUGUCGGGAGAACAUCCCAAGGCGCUGGACAGUCAGGGAUUUGGAGCCUGUAAUGCAAUAAUAUCAUAUCACACACUGCAUUUUUCAUCCCAGUGCGACGUAUCUAUCAACUGUCGGGUGAUGUCAAAGUUGAGUUUGUUCUCAUUUUAACUGGAGAAUAAUUGGCCACCAGCAGUAGAGUGAGAAUGUAAAUCCGUGUAAUCUCUCUCCAAAAGCUAACUAACCAUAAAGGGAUCACUUGUGGAGUAUAUCUUGAUUGAUUUCUUAUCUUGAAGGUUUGCCCCGAGCUCAACCCCUUAAUCCAUUGCCCAUUAAUCCACCCUUUGUAAUGGGAGUGGAUUAAUCCUGAUACUCUCGUUCCUGCUUUGUUUACUCAUCCAGGAAGGCCAAACACGGGCCCGCCUUAAUCUGAUCGAUUCAAGGAAUAGUGCAGGUAACACAGGUGAUUUGUGAGAAAUUUAUGGUUAGUUACCUAUUAUCGGAUAAUCUUACACAAAUAUGAUCAUGUGCUUAACCAUUGGUUGGUGGAACAGGUACUCUGGAAUAUAAAAAAAGUACUGUUUAGAUCAGGAGUCCAACGAUCACAACUUAGUAACCACUUCACUGUUUGUUUGCCACUGAAUGAAUGUGAAACUGAUCUGUCCUCCAGCGCAGAACAAACCAUAAUAUGGUGUUAAUUUUAUCCAUAAAAGCCCCAUCAGAUUUGCCAUUUCAUAUGUACAAUGACUUAAGAUGAUUUGAAAGCUUCGCCCCUUUCAACAGAUUCUUCUACCAGAGGGAGGAGUUGACCACUAUCUAACCAGUCAACUCCUUUUCUUAAUUUAAAUACAGUAAACCUCACAUGAGUCGUAUCAG